ACGCUUGGGUGUCUUUUUUGUUACUGUGUGGCGCUCCACUGUGUCAUUACCAGUAUGGCGAGGGGUAAACAAAUGUAGCUAAUGGAAAGCGUUCUUAUUCCGCGUCGGCGGUCAUCUACGUCUGUGUUCUCAGGAAGGGUACGUUUCUAAAAGCGAGACUGCUACAAUUAACGGUGAACUUAUUCAAGCUCUGGUCGGAGGAGGGAGGUAUGGAUGGAUUCCGCUUCAAGACCAGUAAAAUUCAACGAGAGUGGGUUACUCAGCCACAGAGAACACCUCUACACUCAAUGAUGCAGGUUGAAUGCAGAGAAAAGUAACAGUUCCAGAGAAACAUGGAAUGGACCAAAGCACCGCUUUUACACUGUUAUUGACUUUGACUACCGCAUGGGUUCACAUUGGAUUUUGUAAGGAUAUAGAAAUAUACGUUUCUUGAUGUGAAAAUGUUAACGGGAUCCAGGACAACGUUUAAAGUGAGGCAAAUUCCUGAUGUGAAGGACCGGAUGCUGAGCCAUAGCGGCCAUCACACUCGAGGGAGGGACAUGUUCGGACUCUGCUGUUUACCAGGAGAGUGUGUUCUCCAGAGAGCCGUGCUGGUGAGGAAGAAGCUGUCUGCCAAAGAGGGGGGCGGCUGGCUAUCUGGCACGCUCUUCUGUACCCACUUCAGGGUGGCCUUCGUGCCCCAGGACAGUCCCAAGCCAGACGACAACGCAGAUCCCGUGCUGCUAGGGGACCAUGAUGUGGCUCUGGCUUCCAUUGAGAAGGUGGUGGCUGUGGGGCCCUCUCGCACCAAACUGGUGACGCCUAACUCAUCUUUGAAGUUCACGCCUGAGGAACUGGUACUCUACUGCCGUGACCUCCGUGUUAUCUGCUUCCUCUUUGACCGCCUGACGCCAGACACUCAGGCUGUAGAGAUAACGUACACCAUUGCCAAGACAUACCAGCCCCUCAGGGCAGGGACCAUCCUCUCCUUUCAAAAUGCAGCACUAGGUUCUAUAGAAAUGAAGCAGUUCCUGAGUAACCGUCGGCGUGACCCCAACAUGAACUGGUUCGAGAGCUCAAUCGACUGGGAGCAGGAAUUGGAGAGAGCCGGGGCCACAGGAUGGAGGGUCACCUCAGUCAACGACCGCUUCGAGAUGUCCACAAGUUUGUCCAGGUUCAAUGUGGUCCCACAGAAGGUCCUGGACACAGAGCUGAAGAAAACGUUUGCCCACUUCAACGAGGGACGCAUCCCGCGAUGGUGUUGGCGCCAUCCCCGUGGCAGUGAUUUGUUACGUAUGGCCAGCUUUCAGAACAACAUCUACCAUGAGAAGGAUGACAUCAGGAACCUGGAGCUGGUGCUGUUUGGGGUCCAGCAGGUGUGUGUGGUGGUGGACUUGGGGGAGGAGAUGCCGUCAACGGCCGACAUCCAGCUAGCCCACACCAGGUUACGCGCGCUGUGCCUGGGAGACAUCUCUGCAUCUGUGUCUGUGCCAGAUGACAAAUGGCUGUCCACGCUGGAGGGCACCCACUGGCAGGACUACAUCAGGUGCUGUCUACGGAAGGCUGCAGAGGUGGCCUGCUUGCUCAGAGGUGGCCAUCUGACCGUUGUCCUCCAAGAGCCUGAAGAUCGGGACAUGAACUGUGUGGUGUCCAGCCUGGUGCAGGUGAUGUGCGACCCGCACUGUCGGACGGUGCCUGGCUUCCAGGCCCUGGUCCAGAAAGAGUGGAUCAUGGCCGGCCACCGCUUCCUCAGCCGCAUCAACUACCACAGAGACAGCGACAAGGAGGAGCUCUCUCUCUCUCUCCUCACUCUCUCUCAUCCUCCUCUCCCUCUCCUCUGUCCACAGCACGUGGAUGGCAUGGCCGGCUCGGUGUUCCUGCUGUCCCGGGGCUCCUUCUCGUCGCCGUCCAACCUGCUGCCGUGGCGGAGCGGCACCGGCUCGGGCUCUUACCGGAAGAGCCACCGGAGGGCCCCGUCGGCCGAGAUGCUGCCCGGCCUGGAGCGCCUGCUGCGGGCCUGCUCGCUGUCCGAGGCCAGCCCUGAGCCCCACGAGCCCCUGCUGCCCCUCCUGCUGGGGCCCUGCGUCAAGGUGUGGAGGGACUGCUACCUCAGGGGGGCGCUCCAUGCACAGGCCUUCACCCACCCUAUGCCAUCGUCCAUGCUCCAUCCGGUGGAGCAGCUGGCCUGGGAGGUGCAGCAGCUGCGUGAGAAACUGGCCCAGGCCUCCACCUCGUCCUCUUCGUCCUGCUCCUCCUCGUCCUCCUCCCCUUCGUCCUCCCGGACCUCUGACACUCUGCACAUCAGGCGGGAAUCUCGCCGCUCCGACUCCAACCUCAACCAGAACGCCAACAACGGCACGUUCCUCUUCCCCUCGUCCAGGUCCACCUCCCACCAGCCUCCCGCCGCCAGAGCCAGUGCCCGCCCCGCCACCCCGCCCAAAGCCGCCUCGAGGCCCCCCGCAACCAACACCAGCCCCCAGCCUCGACCUGCUGGAAGGGAUGGACCGAAACACACCUUCCUCUUCGGCCACCAGCCCGACAACCGUCCGGCGCAGCGCUACAUUGCAGCCCCGCACAGCAAGCCGUCCAGGAGCAGGAGCAGCAGCAGCAGUGGAGGCUCGUCUGGGAUCUCCGGCAGCUCUCUGCAGUGACCACCACGCUCUCAGGACUCCGUUUAGCCCUGCGUUCACAACAUCCACUCCUUCACUAGACAGUGCACUCUAUAGAGAAUGACCACUGAAGUUAUUUGUUAUAGUGCACUAUGUGGUGAAUAAAUGGAUAGGUAUCCCACACUGCCUCCUGUCUGUCUCAAACACACAAAACAAAAUGGCCGCUCCCAGACCUACUGGGUGACUCAUGGAUUUACCUUUUCUUUUGGGAGCCGAGUGAGGCAGACCUCACAUCAUCCGCGUGUCAAAGUCUGCCACCACCACCAGCUAUGCAGAAGGUCAUGAUAAAUAGCACAAGAGAGCUCCGACUGUUUGGGUGUAUCUGGACAACAUCAUACUGUCUCAUCCAGUAUUACAUGGCAGCAGUAUACAGCACUAAUUUAUUCACAUAUUUUCAACUGUUGCCUUUUCAAAUUCUGUGUUAUAAAUGAAUGACAAAGACUGUUUAAAAUAGAGCACACAGCAGAACGCUUUAAGGUCCUGCUGUUCCUGUCUCAAGAAUCAAUGCCAAAUGUAGUUUUGCUAGUGGGUGAGUAUAAUCUAGUUGUCCAGUGCUCUUUGUGAGAUUGCUCUGAAGCACAUGAUCUCAGUGUAUUUAGAACGCAUGUGUGUGUUCCUGUAUUGAAGCACAAUAUGUUUAAGAGUCCUAGUGAAGUAGCAAGAAUGAUUCAUGUCACCAUAUUCAUUUCCAUACCACAUAGUAGAGAGUGGGCUAUUGAACACUUGAAAUAGUGAAUGAAUUUACAAGUGCUUCUCAAAGUGAACACUAGAGGACGUAGGUCUCCUCAAUCACAUAUAUAACAUGAUGUAAAGGCACUUAGGGUAGGAUAAAUGCAUUUUCUUAUUUUUUUUUUCUCUCCAAAAAAAAAAAAAAAUAUGCUAAUUUAGGCCAUAGCAAUAUUUUGGUACGGACACGGUUGUGUUGUUGAAAUAUGCAUGUUUUAAUUAUUAUGCUUUCAAAAUGGUACAAAAUGAGUUGUAUAUUUAGUAUUGCAGCUGAAUAUCGAGCAUGUCCAGUGAGAGUGACACAGCAGAAUGGCUAGUGGCAUGUUGAUAGUGAGUCUGUGUCUUGCUGGCCUAAAUUCCUUCCAUUCCUACAUUUUAUUUUCUCCCUCUGGCAGUGAAUUAUUUAAGUUCUGAGGGCCAUGGAGGCUUUGAUGCUGUGGGGUUUGCUAUAAACAUACUGUAUAAUGGUAGAGGUGGUUUUAUUAUUUGUACUAUUUUUCAUAUAAAUAUUAGAAAAGUGUUCAUUCUCAAUCAUAUAAUGAGUAAUUAUACUGAUGAGUAUCUUUAUCUUCAAAGCGCACAGUGUAGCACAAUUUCCUGGUUCCUCAUAUUUCCUAACGAUUUACAAGAGAUUUGGUUUUUGGUUUCAUUCUCAAGCAGCUAGUCCAGUUCAGGAGGUUGGGGAGAGCACCUUUAAGUGGAAAGUCCGUGAAUUUCUAUUCCUUCACUGGAAUUUGACUGGAAAUAACCUUACGGCGGCUGCUCAGUGAACCAGUCUCCUCAGAAAGUUAUCUGUUCUGAUGAAUCACCCUGACGUAGUGCAGGCCUCAGACCUGUUGUGCAUAUGAAGUGGAGAGCGGGAGGAUAAAGCACUGGUUUGUUUUCCUUUUGGUAGAUGCUGCUUGGCUAGAGUUAAUGGCUUCAGUUAGAACGGUACGUCUGCGCUGUGUUUCUAGGGCACAGCAGCUGAGUAAUUCCCUUAUGACCCAGCAAGGGUGCCAUUCCGAGAGGUGUUUGUCUCUCCUCUCUCUUUUCUCUCUCUGUCUCUCUCUUUUCUCUAUCCCUCUUUCCCUAUUUGAAUCUGGAACAUUCGCCAGAAGGGCAGGAAGCUGUCCUGAAGUAUGUCUUCUAGGGUUUUCUCCCUGGCUGUCUUUCAAAGUGCGUCACUGCCAGAGUGAGAUACACAAAGUCCUCGAGCUUUUUUUAGAGGGCCUGAAGGCAGAGAGAGCUGACUGCUGACUGACUGAGGUCAUGGUGAGUGAGAUCAGAAGACAGCCUCAGUGGGAGUCAAAUGUGUUACUCACUAGAGGUCACACCACGCCUGAUACUGUGACUCUGGGGGGGAAAAUGUUGAGAACUCUUGUGUCAUCAGUUCUACCUGUAUUCAUGUAGCAAUAAAUGCAUUCAUUUGAUAGAACAAGAAACAUGAACUUGGUAGAGAAAGGAAAUGCCCUAAGAUCUCUUGGCAUAACUGUGGCUUGGUAAUCUUCAAAAUAAGUGCAAUCGCUCUCAAAACCCAAACCAGCAUACAAAACAAAACAAAACAGAGACCUUCUGUGAUGGCAUCUUGAAAGCAAUAUUUCAGGAGAAAUAUGUGUAAUCACACUAUGCUUACAUUUAGCCUACCCUAGCAAGGAAUAAGGUACUGCUCAUGUUAAGUAUUUGUUUUAUACUUUGAUCAUUGAGUUUUUUUGUAAGUAUUGUUGGCAUGAGAUGCUGCCUCUGUGGUUAAAUGUACUCUUUGGAUUUCACUCUAGUGCUUUUGUUCAGACCUCACCAUGGAGCGAACUGUAGGUUUCAGGAAGUCUGUCUGCAUGAGUGGUGGCUCAACUAUGAGAAGUUGUGGUUCAAGGUAUGAUGACUGAUGUCUGGAAUUUCAUAUUACUGUUCAGUUUUUGUAAUUGUUGGGAUGAUUGAUGUAUCUAUUUUCUAGCAUUCUGUAUUUUUUUGUAUGGACAUUCAAUAGCAUGUUUUGAAGUAGAUGAAUAAAUCUAAACCUUAGAUAAUUUUA